UCGCGCUACGCGUCACUCAUAUUAACGACAAGAAACCUCCAAAGAACAAGAAAGAAGGUUGAGGCUCCCCUCCUCUUCCUCCUCCUCCUCCUCCUCCUCAGUGCGUGCGCGUGUGCCGAGCGGCGAGGCUGCUGCCUGUUUUCUCUGGAGCGCCAAGUGAAAGUUCAAAACAUCGCGACGGACCAACGAGAGCCGCUCCGGCUCUUCUCUUUUUCGCCGAUGGCGUCGUGAUGCAGUGAAAGCGAGCCGGCGCCGUCGCUUCAGGUGGGAGGGCCAUGGCCGACCCCGCCCACUCGGACCUGAUCGCCAGGCACUACAACCACACGGGCAAGUUCCGCAAGCGAGACGGGGCGUCUGGCCUGAAGGCCGACUCGGCGGUCUUCCUGGCGGUCUGCUGCCUGAUCGUCCUGGAGAACCUGUUGGUCUUGGCCACCAUCUGGAGGACCAAGAAGUUCCACAAGCCCAUGUUCUACUUCCUGGGCAACCUGGCGCUGUCGGACCUCCUGGCAGGCGUGGUGUACGCCGCCAACAUCCUGCUGUCGGGCGCCAUCACGUACAAGCUGACGCCCACCCAGUGGUUCCUGCGCGAGGGCUCCAUGUUCGUGGCCCUGGCGGCGUCCGUGUUCAGCCUGCUGGCCAUCGCCGUCGAGCGCCACCUCACCAUGUUGAAGAUGAAAGUUCACGACGGGGGGCGAGCCAGCCGCGUCUUCCCUCUCAUCAGCGCCGUGUGGAUGGUGGCGGCCCUCCUGGGCGGCCUGCCCCUCAUGGGCUGGAACUGCAUCGGCCGGCUGAACCGCUGCUCCACCGUGCUGCCGCUCUACCACAAGACGUACAUCCUGUUCUGCACCACCGUCUUCAGCGUCAUCCUGAUGGCCAUCGUGGCGCUGUACGCCCGUAUCUACACCCUGGUGCGCGCCCGCAGCCGGCGCCUGGUGUUCCGCAAGGCGCCCAACGGCGGGAGGAGCUGCGAGCGCUCCAUGGCGCUGCUGCGGACCGUGGUGGUGGUGCUGAGCUGCUUCAUCGCUUGCUGGGCGCCGCUCUUCGUCCUGCUGCUGCUGGACGCCGCCUGCCGCACGCACGGGUGCGCCGUCCUCUACCGAGCCGAGUGGUUCCUGGCCCUGGCCGUCCUCAACUCGGCCACCAACCCGCUCAUCUACACGCUGACCAGCAACGAGAUGCGUCGCGCCUUCCUGGAGACGCUGCUGUGCGGAUCCGCCCGUCUCCGCGCAGCCGCCGAGUUCAGCCGCAGCAGGUCGGAGAACUCCUCGCGCCCCGACAGGGAGGAGGCGCGGGCGUCACCCCCGGCGGCCGGGGCGGCCGAGGCGGGCCCUUCGUCGUCCUGAAAGGGCGGCGGCCGGGGUCGGGUGGCGUGAGGAGGACGGCGCCUCCGCUCUUGCUUGACACGCACCCCGUCGUCCUGAGAGCUCUCGUGCGGGGUACGUGGCUUCCGCCCUCGAACGACACCCCCACACUGGGGCCGGUUCACACGUGGGGAACGGCACCUCCCUUUGCGAUCCACCCGCCCCGCCGCGCCGUCCUAGAAGGGAGCAGCGAGGCGCCAUUUCAUGUCACGCGAAUGCCGUCUCCACCCGCAGCCAACCCGCCGCACCUGCCGCCACGCGGACACAGACUGACCUUCGCCCCGCCUCUGAAAGUCGUUUGACUUCCAGCCCCGCUACCGCCGCCCCCUCCUCCCUCAGCCUGUCCGUCCAUCGGGCCCGCUGCGCGUGAAUUUGGCGCGUGACCCUGCAGGCGCUGUUGGCUAGUUACUAAUUACAUGUAACGAGAUAAUUAGAACAUGUACGUCACUGUAAUCCAUUACAUUACGGGGAGAAAAUGUGUCAUUAAAUAACUGUUGCUUUUGGAAAUGUUCAUGAUUAGAAAAAUGUUUUUCCACGUCACUUCCUCCUUGUGAAGCCGCCGCUUGCGAUGGGCCAUGUGCCAUGCUGCCCGACUCUCAAAUGUGAUGCAUUUUUCCAAAUCUGACCUCCAGUCUGUAAGUUUGUCUGAAAUUUGGAAAAGGUUCAACUAAAAGUUCCGCUUUUGAACGCGUAAAAAAACAUUGAAGUCACUCAAGUUGUUUUUGUUAACUGCGUUCAACUCGUCGACGUCCUGUGACUGUUGCCACGGUAACCUGCCGUCAUCUCCGCGGAUGUGUCGAUCGAUCGUCCUUGUAAUAUGUGGCCUCGUUAGCGCUUAAUAAAAACACAAAAACAA